AUGAGAAAGCAGGAGUUGUGGCCUGGCGGGGAGGCUGGCCAGGGGCAUGGCACUGGCUCCCCAGCUGAGCAGGUGAAAGCUCUCGUGGACCUGCUGGCCGGGAAGGGUAAUCAGGGCGUCCAGACCCCCAGCAGGACACUCGACACUGCACGGAGGCCCCAGGAUCAUGACUCCAGAAUCCAGAUGUAUCGAGAGGCCCUGCUGAACAGGCUGGGGGACAGCCAAGAGCCAAGGGGUGCUGGGGCCAGGCCGAGCCGCCUGCAGCUGGUGGAGGGCCUGACAGACCUGCAACUCCGAGAACAUGACUUCACACAGGUGGAGGCCACCCGCGGGUGCUGGCACACUGCUCGCACCCUUACCCUCGACAGGCUCUUCCUGCCCCUGUCACGGGUGUCUGUCCCGCCCCGUGUCUCUGUCACCAUUGGGGUGGCUGGUGUGGGCAAGACCACCCUGGUGAGGGACUUUGUCCGUCUCUGGGCUCAGGGGCAGGUGGGCAGGGACUUCUCCCUGGUGCUGCCCAUGGCUUUCCGGGACCUGAACACGCACGAGAAGCUGUCGGCAGACAGACUGGUGUCCUCCGCCUUCCCGCAGGCUGGGGAGUUGGGCUCCACCACCCUGGCUAGGUCCCUGUUUAUCCUGGAUGGGCUGGACGAGUGCAGGGCACCGCUGGACUUCUCCGACACAGCAGCCUGCACCGACCCUAUGAAGGAGCUCCAGGUGGACCACCUUGUCACCAACAUCAUCCGGGGCAACCUCUUCCCAGAAGUCUCAGUCUGGGUCACCUCCCGCCCCGGCACCUCUGGCCAGAUCCCAGGGGGUCUGGUGGACCGGUUGACAGAGAUCCGCGGCCUUAAUGACGAAGAGAUUGUGGAGUGUUUGGGACAGAUAUUCCCCGAGAACCCAGCCUUAGCUGCCUGGGUCCUGAGCCAAAUGCAGGCCAACCGGGCCCUCUACCUCAUGUGCACUGUCCCGGCCUUCUGCCACCUGGCAGGAGUAGCACUGGGCCACGUAGGCCGCCACAGGCUGGGUCCUCAAGACACUGAGCAGUGGCAGCCCAAGGGCCUGUGUGAGCUCUAUUCCUGGUACUUUCGAAUGGCCCUCGGUGGGGAGGGUUUGGAGAAGGGCAAGCUGAAUUCUCGCCUCCUGGAGCAGGCCGCCCCUGCAGGCCGCAAGCUGGUGGGCACGCUGGGUCGCCUGGCCUUCCACGGGCUGCUGAGGAAGAAGAGCGUGUUCUAUGAGGCCGACCUCAAGGCCUUUGACGUGGACCCCACUCUACUCCUCAGCACUCUGGGUCGCUGCUUUGUGCAGCGCGAGGAUGGGCUGGCCUCGGGCACGGCCUCAGGCAUGGCGUACAGCUUCACCCACCUCUCCCUGCAGGAAUUUGUUGCGGCUGCCUACUACCACAGAGCGGCCAAGAGGGCCGUCUUUGACCUCUUUACCGAGGCCAGUGUGUCCUGGCCCCGGCUUGGCUUCCUCGCACACUUUAGGAGCGCAGUGCAGCGGGCCCUGCAGGCCGAGGAUGGGCGGCUGGAUGUGUUCUUGCGCUUCCUGUCUGGCCUCUUGUCACCCAGGGUCAAUGCCCUGCUGGCAGGAACUCUGCUGGCCCCAGGCGAGCACCGGGGCUACUGCAUGCAGGCAGCUGAGUAUCUGCAGGGCUGCCUGCGGCCCGACGUGGCAGUGAGCGCCCAGGCUGUCAAUAUUGUGUACUGCCUGCAGGAACUACAACACACAGAGCUGGCCCAUGGUGUGGAGGCUGCCCUGGAGAGUGGGGCCCUGGCCGGGCUCACUGCGCCACCACACCAAGCUGCCCUGGCCUAUGUCCUACAGGUGUCUGGCGCCUGCACCCCAGAUGCCGACUUGCCCCUGCACCUGACGCAGGGUGCCCUCCGGCGCCUGUUGCCGCAGCUGCUCUACUGCCAGAACCUGAGGCUGGAUGCCAACCAGUUCCAGGAGCCAGUGACGGAGCUGCUGGGCAGCGUGCUGAGUGGCAAGGACUGCCGCAUCAGGAAGCUCAGCCUGGCUGAGAACCAGAUCAGGAACAAAGGAGCCAAGGCCCUGGCGAAGUCCCUGCUGGUCAACAGAAGUCUGACCACUCUGGACCUCCGCAGCAACUCCAUCGGACCUCCAGGGGCCAAGGCGCUGGCCGACGCGCUGAGGAUUAACCGGACUCUGGUUUCUCUGAGCCUCCAGAGCAACAUGGUUGGUGACAAUGGAGCCAGGUCCCUGGCUGAGGCCUUGGCUACCAACAGGAGCCUCUCUGUGCUGCACUUACAGAACAACAGCAUUGGGCCUGCCGGAGCCCAGCAGAUGGCAGCUGCCCUGAAACACAACAGGCGUCUCAAGGAGCUCAUGUUCUCCAGUAACAGCAUUGGGGAUGAAGGCACCGAGGCCCUGGCUGAGGCUCUGCAGGAGAACCGGAGCCUGGAGAACUUAGACCUGCAGAGCAACUCUAUCAGUGACACGGGGGUGUCGGCGCUGACCCAGGCCCUCUGCACCAACCAGACCCUGCUCAGUCUUAACCUUCGAGAAAACUCCAUCAGCUCCGAGGGAGCCCAGGCCCUGGCCCAGGCUCUCCGCUCCAACAGCAGCCUGAGGGACCUAGACCUCACAGCCAACCUGCUGCAGGACCAGGGUGUCCAGGCCAUCGCUGGGGCCAUGAGGGAGAACCGUGUGCUCACAUCUCUCCACCUGCAGUGGAACUUCCUCCAAGCUGGUGCCGCCCAAGCGCUGGGCCAGGCGUUGCAGGACAACAGGAGCCUGGCCAGCCUGCAUUUACAGGAGAACAACAUCGGGGACGAAGGGGCCGCGGGGGUGGCAGGUGCCCUGAAGGUGAACACCACCCUGACCGCACUCUAUCUCCAGGUGGCGUCCAUUGGUGCCCGAGGGGCCCAGGCACUUGGGAAGGCCUUGGCCGUGAACAGAACCCUGGAGAUUCUCGAUUUAAGAGGAAACGCUAUUGGUGUGGCAGGAGCAAAAGCACUGGCAGCCGCUCUCAGAGUCAACACCAGUCUCCGGAGACUCAACCUUCAAGAGAAUUCCCUGGGGAUGGACGGAGCAAUAUGUGUGGCCAGCUCACUGGUGGAGAACCGCGGGCUCCAGCACAUCAAUCUCCAGGGAAACCACAUUGGAGAGUCUGGAGCCAGAAUGAUCUCAGAGGCUAUCAAGACCAAUGCUCCCACUUGCACUGUUGAGAUGUGA